UCUGCGAACUUCCAACCGCGCUAUAACUAUGACACUUAACACCUGUCAGGGGGAAACACCUACGAUGUUAAUACGGACGUGUUUAGUUUAAAACUGAGUUGUCACAAGUGAUAAAGCAGCUCCCAAGAUGUCCCUAGCCAUUUUAUUAACAUGAAACGCGCCUCUUCUGACGUCACCGAGCCAUCUUUGUCCAGCUAAUCCUAACUGUAUGUUAUACCUUCAUCACGGCUCGAUCUCCCGUCACCUACAGUAACAGUCUGCUGGUGCAGUCAUAUACGGAGAGGAAAAGUAGUGUUUUAAUAGCUAAGUGGACAUAUCUCGACGGUGGACCCAAACCAGUGCCCCUCCUCGGCUAUAUAGGCAGGGAACGCCAGGCUAAGCAUCCAAAGGGUGCCACAAGGCUAGAGAGGAGCGCACAAGGCAAUCCACAUCCAUCUGCCAGCCACUUAGCAAACGCUAACAUUUGCAGCCCGGAUUUCAGCACAGCUGUUUAGCCAACGCUACCACAAAAAAUGUCUGCCCCAGCUGGAGCCCCUGCACCAGAGGGAGGGAGUCAGGCUCCUCCUAACCUCACCAGUAACCGCCGUCUGCAGCAAACACAGGCACAGGUGGAUGAGGUGGUGGAUAUUAUGCGUGUAAAUGUGGAUAAGGUUCUGGAGCGUGAUCAGAAGCUGUCCGAACUGGACGACAGGGCUGACGCUCUGCAAGCUGGAGCCUCUCAGUUUGAGACCAGCGCUGCAAAACUGAAGAAUAAGUACUGGUGGAAGAAUGCUAAGAUGAUGAUUAUCCUGGGUGUGAUAUGCGUGAUUGUCCUCAUUGUCAUUAUUGUGUACUUCAGCACCUAAGAAGAGUCACUUCCUACCCCAGUCUAAUCCCAACGACCUUGCUUCAGAAGGAACCCCGAAAUUCAUGAUAAAAAGGAAUCACAGAUAAUGAGUAAAUGUAUCUUUCCCGAUUGGCUUCAAUAGAACACCCCUAAACCCUUCAGAGCCAUACGGUUCAGUCAUUUCCACCACCUCGCCUCUGGACCCCUGUCAAAUAUUUGUCCCGUGAGUGUGUGGCCCCGCGUCCCGUUCCGGGUCCUCUCGGCUUCUCUAACCUGCCAUAACGAGAGCCAAACAUUUGUGACGAUGCAAAAACAGAAAAGGAAACUGAUUGGCAAUGAUAAUUGUUACAUGACUGAUCUAUAUCUAGUCAUUUGUAGAGUUUUAUUCUGAUAUAUACUGUUUUGUAGGUGUGCGUGCGAGUGUGUGCAUUUUGUAUUUUUUAAGUUUUGUAUUCAUUUUCUGUAUGCUUCAGCGUCGACUACUGCCUAAUAAUCCAAGUGUGUAUCUUGCAUGUUCUAAUCACCCGUCCGUCCCCCCGCUUACUCUUUGUUUCGCUGUAUUUCUGAAACGGCGGCAACAUCCAAGAGUGAGCCGCAGAACUGAAAUCCGUUUGGAUUUUUAGCAGUCGCAAUCUCCAGGUUGAAAUCACUUGAGAGUUCAUUCAGGUCUAAGUUAUUGCUCACAGGUAUUGAUCAACACAAACUAACGCGUGAAUUUUUCCACUAUCGCUUGGUUAUUAUUCCCUGUCCUUUAAAUCUGACCGUUGCAUCUCCUUUGGAGGUCUUUUCCCUUCCCACGUUUCUCUUUAAUGUCUCUUUAUGUCUUCAGCUCUCCGGCCGUCUUCCUCGUGUCUUGCAGCAUGCUUGAAUGCCCAAUCGUUUUAAAACUGCCAUAGUACCGUUGGACCAAUGUCUGUAGUUGUUUCUUUUUUUUUUCUUCUUUUUUUAAAAUUAAGUAAGUAGUGUCUUAUUUCGAAAACAUUCCUUCAUUGCAGUCUAGUGCAAAAUGCUCUUACUAUAGCACAUGUGUAAUUGCAAGUAUAUGUCAAGUGCGCAAUGAGACUAAAGGCCGAAGUCAGUCAUUCAAACAACUGGGGAAAAAAAAACAAUAAGGUCUAAGGGUAUAUUUGGUGGGAAGCGGGAUUAGGAUGUCAUCUUGUGGUAGGAAUCAUUUAUGUUGGCUACUACAACUAAUUUGCUAUUGCCAGGUUUGUAGAUGCUUUUAGUGGCACCAUCACAGACAUGAAUCUUCAUUUCCCAAGUCAAACGGGCACACACGAAAAGCCCUUGGCAUCUACUUUUAAUUACUGUCGGUCAAAAGAACGGAAAGCAUUGAAAGUGCACUGAACCAGCUUGUUUUUGAUGGCGCUACCACACUGGGCUAUAUAACCGGGCCGAACGUGUGCAGCCACAACUCCGUAUGAAGAGCACAUGAAACAGUUAAGCCUUGCUUGCAAUUUAAAAAUUGACUGUUGAAAAUGCAUUGAAACAAAACAAAAAAAAAUAAUAUCAAGGCAUUCCUUGGCAGUGUUCCAAAGUGGUUGUCCCGAUGGUUUUGCAUCCAUAAAUGUAAUAGAUUCUAUUUUUUAUUAUCGUGUAUUUUUGUGCGAAACAGACAGACGAAGAGGAAAUUCCUCUCCUUCUGUCUGGCGUGUGCGUUUCCUUUUUAUAAUUCCGCUGUGUGCGUUAUACACUGCCAAGCAACAAGCUGCAGAGGGGAGGGGGGAGCUUCUCUUGUUCAUUGCACUUGUCUGUCACGGCGCCCUUUCGUGUACAGUUGCAAAACUAUUAGCUUCUGCGGUUUGGGGUGGUACAUACGGCCCCCAUCGGCUACUUGAUGAGUAACUGAGCAAUAGGUGCACUUGCUGUAGUUUUAGCUGACUAGGUCCAGAUGAAUAAGAAACACACUUUAGCAUUAGCUUUCAGUCUCCGUCAUAAUCCGCUGUAGUUCAAACUAAGUGUAUUCAUUAUGUGUACUUGGUAGCCUUGGGGUUUUUAUGUUAGCAGCCAGCUAGGUAGAUCCACCACCUUUUACUCGUUGCUGAUUCUGAAUCGUACUGUUGUGCGCAUGUGCAGGUGCAUCCAUGUGGUGUGUGUUAGAAUAGCUCUACCCCAGGAAUAGCCCCAGUUUAUCCCGACAGAUUAGGCCGCUUAAAUCUCUUGAGUUGAAGGCAUCCUUGUUUCCUUGCCCACUGUAGUACACAAGGAUAGUGGGGAGAGAUUUGAGGGCCUAACCCUUUGACAAGACCACAAGCUCCCACCCCCCCAA